UAGUCUCGCCCCCUCUCCUCCCCCACGCUUCCCCCCUCUCUCUCUCUAUAUCUCUAUUUAUAUAUACACACAAACACACAUUAUACAAUACUUACAAGUCUCACAUACGCAAUAUUUCUCUCUCUAUUAUAUACAUAUACUAUCAUAGCUAGCCUGACUGUGCUACAUACUGACUCACUGAACAGUGAAUUAAAUGGAUCUGUUCUGGCUGCAUACGCAUCUUUAUCGCCUGCUUGCUUAAUUGACGUGAACUGCAGCUGCAGCGAGUUAUAACUGUCCAUUGUUACACACUCUCUCUCUACAUCUCUCCCUUUCUCUCUCUAUAUCUAUCUAUUAUCUUUAUACUUUUAGUGUCGGUAAUCUGAUCUAUCUUUACUGUACGCGUCGUUUGCGAUCUUAUGUCAUAUCAGAAAACUUUCGAAUGUAUCGCCCUAUCGACCUCCGAUCGGGUGCUACGUUUCUCAUCGGACAUACUACGAUCUCUUUCUAGCUCGAAAACGACUGCGUUCGAGAGAUCGUUUCGGUUCGUGUUCGGCGUUUCGGAGGCACAUUCAAUGAGAUGAGAACGAGAUCGAAUUAGGUGAUUUUUGGUAAUGUGAUCGAAUCGUUUGAUUGGGUGAUUUGUCGGUGUUAUUGAGAUGAAUCCAUUGUGCUGCAUUGCUCCAGUUUCGAUCGAUCGGGAUCGGAACAAUCCGGUGGUCGCUAAGCCACAGACACAGUGUCAGUUAGGGUUUGAUGGUUCUGUGAGAAAUGUGAACUUCAGUUCGAAAUCGAGCUUUUCAGCUCAAGUCUCGUCGGUGGGUAUUGAUUUGAAUGGAUUGAAUGUGGCUGUGAAUCAGGCUGAAGAUAAUGUUUUGGUUGAAUCGAGAGAUCCCAAGGUGUUUGGCAACAAUGGCAGUGUGGCUGGGAUUUUGUACAAGUGGGUGAACUAUGGGAAAGGUUGGAAGUCGAGGUGGUUUGUGCUUGAACAUGGGGUGCUUUCGUAUUAUAAGAUUCACGGGCCGGACAAAAUCGAGUUGAGUUCGGUGAGAGAGAAGGGGGUUAAUGUGAUCGGAGAGGAGUCUUUGAGGUACAUGAGAAAGGCUAAUUGGAGCAAUAACCGACUUGGUGGUUCCACAAGGCAGUGGAAACCGUUUGGGGAGAUACAUUUGAAGGUUUCUUCUGUUCGGGCAAGCAAGUCGGAUGACAGAAGGCUGUCCAUUUUCACUGGAACAAAAACGCUUCACUUGCGUUGUGUUUCUAGAGAGGACAGAACUACAUGGAUCGAGGCACUCCUUGCUGCGAAAGAUCAAUUCCCUAGAGUGUUGACGAGCAGCGAUUUUGCACCUUCUGAAGAUAUUGUAGUUUCAACUGAGAAGUUACGAUUACGAUUACUGCAAGAAGGCAUGAAUGAGGCGGUAAUAGAAGAGUGUGAGUCUAUUAUGCUACAUGAACUCUCUGAGCUACAAAAUCAGUUGAAGGCUCUUCAAUUUAAACACAUUAUGCUGAUAGACACACUAAGACAGUUGGAGACAGAGAAAAUUGAGCUGGAAACAACAGUAGUGGACGAAACAAAGGAACACGAUUCAUGUUGUGGACAAGGGAAUAGAAGAUUCAGUGAUUUCUACUCCAUCAUGUCAGAGGGUAGUGCAAGUGAGUCUGAUGCAGAUAAUGAAAGUCGAGAGGGAGUGGAUGUUGAAACAGAUGAAGAUGAUGGGGCAUUUUUUGAUACAAAUGAUUUUCUAUCUUCAGACUCUCUAAGAAGCGCUUCCUAUCGGAGUAGAGAGAACAUGGGAAAUGCUUGUACUACUUCAAUGUAUGAAAGAGAGUAUUUCUUUUCUGAUCGGUUACGGGAAGGUGGAAUGGAGAUAAAGGCAAUUCAAUAUCCAUACAUCAAAAGAAGGGAUAGUUUACCAGAACCAAAGGAGAAAGAGAAGCCCGUUGGUUUAUGGUCAAUAAUCAAGGACAACAUCGGGAAGGAUCUCUCUGGUGUUUGCCUACCUGUUUACUUUAAUGAGCCACUAUCUUCAUUGCAGAAGUGCUUUGAAGAUUUGGAGUAUUCAUACUUGGUUGACCGGGCACUGGAAUGGGGAAAGCAGGGGAACGAUUUGAUGAGAAUUCUAAACAUUGCAGCUUUUGCUGUGUCUGGUUAUGCUUCAACAGAAGGUCGGCAGUGCAAACCCUUCAAUCCUCUACUCGGAGAGACUUACGAGGCUGACUAUCCAGACAAGGGUCUACGAUUCUUCUCUGAAAAGGUGAGUCACCACCCGAUGGUUGUUGCCUGUCACUGUGAAGGCAGAGGCUGGAAAUUCUGGGCUGAUUCUAAUCUCAAAGGCAAAUUUUGGGGGCGUUCUAUUCAGCUCGAUCCUGUGGGUGUCCUUUCCCUACAGUUUGAAGAUGGCGAAACUUUCCAGUGGAGCAAGGUCACUACCUCCAUAUACAAUAUCAUACUUGGUAAAAUCUAUUGUGACCAUUAUGGUACCAUGCGCAUCAGGGGCAGUGGUAACUACUCUUGCAAGCUCAAGUUCAAGGAGCAGUCUAUUAUAGAUCGAAAUCCACACCAGGUUCACGGAUUUGUGCAAGAUAAUAGAACUGGGGAGAAGGUAGCGAUGUUGGUGGGGAAGUGGGAUGAGGCAAUGUACUAUGUGUUGGGCGAUCCAACUAUGAAGCCAAAGGGUUAUGAUCCAAUGACAGAGGCUGUGAUGCUGUGGGAAAGAGACAAAUCUAUUACCAAGACAAGAUACAACCUGACACCCUUUGCAAUAUCCUUGAAUGAAUUGACACCUGGCUUAAUGGAGAAGCUGCCACCAACUGACUCAAGGUUGAGGCCAGAUCAGCGGCAUUUAGAGAAUGGGGAAUAUGAGAUGGCAAAUGCAGAGAAGCUGAGACUUGAACAGUUGCAGCGACAGGCAAGGAGGUUGCAGGAACAAGGUUGGCAACCAAGAUGGUUCCGAAAGGACAAAGAGGAUGGGUGUUACCGUUAUAUUGGUGGAUACUGGGAAGCAAGAGAGGCAAGGAAUUGGGAACAAAUUUCUGAUAUAUUUGACCAGAGCAGCGACUCCUCCCUUCUUUGCAUGGAAGAGUAGCUAGUCUUUUGGCCAAACUUGCUGUGUACCAUUUUAUUUUCCCUUUAUUUUCAGUCGUUUUCUUUUUUACGUGUAGACAUUUAGGAACUAGCACGCGAGUUUUUGGCAAAAGCAUUUGAAUGUCAUAUAGAAGAAGCUUGUUUAAGUUGCAAUGUAGUAGGAGUGUAAAACAAACCAAGGUGGUACUCAAUCUCAGUUCUUGGCUCCACUAGAGGAGGCAGGCUUAUUUGAGAUUGGUUGGUGAGAUGAACUACUACUAGUUAACAUUUUGAUGCUGGUUAAUUUAUUGAACUUGGCUCCAUAAGCAAUAUGAAAUUUUAUAAAAGGAAAAGCUGAUCAAGCUCGUCUUACAACUCC